AAUGUCACGAGAGAAAGCAUUGUUUCUUACAGUAGACGCACAUACAACCUAGUUAAGAGAAUAAGUUUGGUGUCUUCGGAUUGUAGCCAGGGGCCCACUAACGCGAUUACUGGGCUUCUUUCUCACACGACUCCCCCUGUAGCCUGGCAUGGGGAAUGAUUUAGAGUGGUUUCCAUGACAACAAAGUAACAAUAGAAUCAGAAUCAGCUUUUCAGCGUGUAGCUGAGUCAAGUAGCUGUUUUAGGUCACUUCACCUUGUUGUACACCAGUGAUUGAUUUUUAUUUGUACUUUAACACAAUUUACGUGUAAAACAACGUAAAACGUCGGUUAGCAAUGAGCAAGAAAACCGGAGAAAAGAAAACUACACAUUCUUUCAUCCAAUUCCAAAUUGAAGUUAAAAGAAAAGAGAUUGAAGAAUUUAAGGAAGAAGUAAGGGAACUGGAAGCCAAGAACCAACAACUUGUUGAACUGCGAGAUCAGCUGCGAGAGGAGCAUCAGGGUCACCUCAGUGUGCUGCGCAAGCAAGCCAAGGAGCAGGAGAAGAAGCUUGAGGAGAAAGAAGUGGCCAGUAAAGAACAAGUACAACAGGCAGUCCAGCACAAUCUAGAGCUCACACAUAUCCAGGAGGAAGAGCUGGCAGACUUGCACAGGCAGCUGACGAGUGUACAGGCCCAGGUUGUGGAGCUGCAGGUUCACCGUCAAGCUUGGCAGCUAUAUAAGAAUGUGGGGAGUGUUGAGCAUCAACAGCAGAUCCAAAAACUACAGUCAAAUCUCGACUCUAUGCAGAAGAACUUUCAGGAAAAGUCAGAAUACAUUGAGUGCUCUCUGAAAGUAGCCAUUAGUGAGAUUGACAAGAAUACUUCACUGCUGAUUGAACGAGAGAAGCACCUUGCUAGAGAGAGGGCACUGAAACAGGCUGACAAACACAGUUUUCAGAAGAUCAAAAAGAACGACUGGCUUAAGAAAGAGCUUGCUGUCUAUCAUGAGGAAGUCUCUAUACUGGAUGCAGCCGUGAGGAAGUUAGAGGAGGAGAACUUGGAGCACAUGAAGGAACUGCAUCGCCUCAAUGAUGCACAAAUCUCUAGCAACGUGCUCCUGGUGCAGGCUGAAGACUUGGAGCAGAAACUCAGCCUUCCUGAAAGAACAGCGGAAGUUGGGAGGGAACAGCACCAGCAGUCUGGGGAGUUGGAGGAAGAUGAAAUAGUUCACAGCUGCAAACCCUCCUCCCCUACUCACCAUCUCAGUGCACUGCUAUCUGGCAGCCAGAGCGACCUCAGGGAAACGCUGCACCUGGGCCCUUUGGAGCAGAAGCUGUUGAUUGUUGUUGGCCAGGCCAUGCCCCUUUCUCCUUUGCUAUCUGACCCUGAAGAUCUGGACAAGUUAAUACAGCUAGGCCAGAUCCAGGCACAAGAUGGGACUCUCACAACAAAUAUCAUUCGCAACAAGUUCCAGUAAACAUACAGUUAUACUCUAAA